AUGGCGACUGGCCGUGCGCGGCAGAUUUGCUACGCAGGCCCUGCUUUUGGCCUCCUAGGCCUGGCCAUCGGCUACACGUCUCUUGGUGGUCUUAGUCAAGGAGCCCUUUCCCUCCUGGCAGCAUCCUUCUUCUUGGCUGUCAAUAUCAUCUCAGACGAGGCAAGCUCACUGAUCGUUUUGGGCUCCAUCUGCGCGGCACUGGGGUGCUUGAUGGGCGCUGGUUUGGCUGGAAUCUGGAAGGGAGAUCCACGAAUGCCACUGUUUUUGGUGGCCGUGACUUUGUUCCACGCAACAGAGUUCACAUUUUCUGUCCUCUGCCACGGGAAAACCAUAGCACCACAGCUUGCACUCAGCACUGGCAACCCGGCAGGUUUCGGGACAAGUCUGCCUUGCAGCCUUACAGUGUUUGGUGAUCACCGUGCUUUAAGGAGUUUCGGAGCUUCCUCCUAG